GCACCGUGAAAAAGGAUAAAUACGGAUGUAAACAGGAUCAGUUGAACUUGAAAUCACAUGGAACGACUUUGAAUAGCUAAAAAUACGCAAGUGGAAGCCCAGAUACCGAGCCUGAAUACAGUUUAGUUUCAUUAGACAAACGUUAGGUAGGUUGAAACUGCUGUCAAAGAGUCGUUAUGCUAUCCCUCUAAGGUAAUGCUAGUCUAGAGAUAGCUAGCAAACGCUAGCAUUUGUGAUUGGAGAGGACAACGUGCCUCGAUCAUCAACACAUGUCAUGCAUUUUAAAAAUGCUCGUGUAAAUUAGUUGUGCAGCUUGAUGUGGGGAGUGACUAGACUGUGUUUAAACAGGCUGUGUAACGUUAGGGGCUUUUGCAGUCUUGCAGAAGAAAUGGGCAAGAAAGGGACAUUCUUCUACGCCGUGAGGAAGGGACUUCAGCCUGGCGUGUACAAUACUUGGGAUGAAUGCAAGAGUCAAGUCGACAAGUUUCCAUGCGCAAGUUAUAAGAAGUUUGCGACGGAAGAACAUGCCUGGGAGUUUGUGAGGAGCCUAGCAACAACAUGCUCGUCCGUUAAAGAGGUUAAAGCAGAAUCCAGUAGUUGUGACAUUGAGCUCCCCAAAAGAGCCCCCAGCUAUGAGGCCACGAUGGCAGCUGUGAUGGGAGGCUUAAAGAGGAAACUGGGUAAUGUGAAUGAAGAGGAGGAGAAGAAAGGAGAGGGGGAUGAAGUGGACGGGUGUGCUGCUAAACGGGUGAAGGCGGCAGAAGACAAGCCCCAGAACACUAGCCCAGCACCUGCUGAAAAGACUGACUUCACCUACAUGGGUGAUGCUGUGGUGGUCUACACAGAUGGCUGUUGCGAGGGCAAUGGGAAGGUUGGAGCUCGGGCAGGAAUCGGGGUGUACUGGGGACCCAACCAUCCCUUAAAUGUUGCAGACAGACUGAGUGGCAGACAGACCAACCAGAGAGCUGAGAUUCAGGCUGCCUGUAAAGCUCUGGAACAGGCCCGAGACCAGAAAAUCAAGAAGCUGGUGCUGUACACCGACAGCAAGUUCACCAUCAAUGGGGUCACCAGUUGGGUGAAGAAGUGGAAGCUGAAUGGCUGGAGGCUAAAGGGAGGGGGCAAGAUCAUCACCAAGGAGGACUUUGAGCGCCUGGAUGCACUGAACCAGGAGCUGCAGGUGGUGUGGCAACACAUCCCAGGCCACGCAGGCUUCAGUGGGAACGAGGAAGCUGACCGACUCUCCAGACUAGGGGCUGCCAAACCUCUGGAGUAGCCCACAAAAGAGUCCCUUACGCGGCCGUCUCCCACCAGACCUGCCCCUCCUCCACCAUGAUGUCUUCUUUAGACGAGGAGGACCAUCCCCGGGUUCCAAAGACCCAUCUGGGCAGUCUACAAUCUAGCAAGAGUCAGAAAAGCUUUCCUCUGUCCACCACAUUUCCUGUUCAGCCCCUGUCUCUGCCUGGUGUGCACCAGCAGGUCAUGCAGAGGUAUACGAGUGCCUAAGCAAUGUCCACCUUCAGAUGUGCACUUUCAAAAUGGGCAGGUGUAAAACACAUGCUCUACUGUGCUUGUUUUGCACCCAUCCCGAUGUCCUAUGAAGUUUAAGAGUAGCUAUUAUGUUGAUCUGGCGAGAUCUGCUUGUUCUAAAGCAUGUGAAGAGUAGCUCGUCAUCCUCUCACUGCCGUACUAAGUGAAGUGAACGUAAUUCACGGACCAUGAUCUCAUCAGUGAAGUUCUCUUUUAUAAGGUGUCCUGCCUUAUUCAGUGCUAGCAGAGCUCUACGGUGGCUCAGUUCAGGCCUUUAUGGUACUGUAGGUGUUUUAGUGGCAAACCAAGGUAAGAGAACCCAGAGGAAGUAUAAUAAAACAGCCCCCAGGCAUCAAUCUCCAAACUAAACAGCCAACAUAUGUAAGGGAGGAGUUAUACUAAUGCACUUAGAGGCAAUGCAAUACAAAUACAAAUAUUUGUAUUUGUUUAAAUGCAAAUGCUAUUCUUUUAAUUUAUGGCUAUUGUUUUGUCUUUUGAUUGUUAAAUAAAGUUAUUUGUUGUCAGUUUUAAA